CAUGCACAGGACAACGAUAGCAAAGUACACAAAGUUUUCUGCCGAUGAGCUACAUAAAUCCCUGUCCGAUCCGCUAUCGUGCGUGGUUGCGGUACAAUUGAACGAAAUCCUAAGCCUGCGACCGCGUGACUGUGAGCACAUCAUAAAGGGUGUACGGCGCUGCGUCACGGACAAGAUCGGCCGAUACCAUGCGAAGGUGAACGGAAUUGUGCUGGGGUAUGCGAAAAUUCGCAUCGACAAUGCACUGUCCGCGUUGCGGCUGGACAGUCCAUAUCUGCACGUGCGGGCCACGAUCGAUUACUACGUGUUUCAACCCCGGAUCGGAUCAACGUUGCGCGGUACCGUGAACUACGUGUCGAAGGAGUUCGUCAGUGCCAUGAUCUAUCGGGUGUUUAACGUGACGGUUAAACUGGGCAAGAAUGUUAAUCAGCAGCAAACGGUAAAGAAGGGCUCGGACAUUACGUUUAACGUCAAAUCGUGCGACAUGAAGAGCGAACUACCGGUGAUCGAGGGUGAGCUCGUUUUGAACGAGAUACCAGCGCUAAAAAUUAAGCAGGAACCAGACAGCGAUAAAGAGGAAGCACCGGACAACACGAGCAAGGCGAAGAAAUCUAAAAAACUAAAAGAACCAGCAAAAGAGAAAACGAUAAAGAAAGCGGGUGUCCCAUUAGUUCAACCGGUUGAUGCUACUGAUACAUCAGAAGAAGGUUCGGACGAUUCAACGGACGAAAAGAGUCUGUUAAUUAAAUCGCUCAUUAACAAAAUGUUUGGCGAUCCGCUUACGAACGGCGACAGCAGUGAAAAGGAGAAAAGGCAAAAGAAAAAAACACCUAAAAAGACGAUCCCGGCGAAGGAAGCUUCGUCUCCGGUGGUGGUUAAGCAGGAACCGUUAUCGACGGAUGAGGAGGAAUCGGUGGAUUCUGGCCACAGCACCAGCCAGUCCAACGAUACCACCACCGUACCUACGACGAAAUCGGCUUCAAACAGUGGGACGGUGGAGAAAAGGCGUAAGAAAAUUCGAUUCGAUCCUAACGAUACGGUCACCUACAUCAAAUCGGAACCAACUGAAAGUAGAAAAAAGAAAAGAAGUGUUACUGAAUAAUAAGAACCUAAACGUGGG